AUAGCCAAACACGCUAGAGAGCGCUACAUAAAUUGGAGGCAUUGCUGGGAUAUUAGUGUGGGUUUAUUGUUUUUGUAUGCUUUACCAGUGAAUAUUUGCCUAUUUGAUUUACGUUAUAGUGAUCACUGUUACAACAAUAUGGAACACAGGGCAGAGUUAGUGUCAGAAUUAAAGGGAUGGUGCUGUGGCGAGGCAUUAGAUGAGGCUCAUGCGGUCAUGGUGCUCCUUCAAGAAGACGUAGAUACAAGUGCAAUUGAAGAGACAAUGCAAACGGUGAAGUGUUUGGGGCGUGUGCGAGGCCGGAAUUUCAACAUGCGGCUCAAUAGAUACCUGGCCUUGUGUGAAUGCUGUUAGAGUAGAAAAGGUUCCUUUUGAUGUGUUUCCUAUUGAGGGUGGAGGGCCCUGGCAGGUUAUCACAGUAGAUGAAGCUACACGAGCCAGUACACAAGUUCAGAUGUCCGGAACGCAACAAGCUCCAGGUAAGCGUGUUGUAGGCCGUCGCCCAUUAUCGCCUGGAGAUGAAGCUGCUGCCAAGUCAACAGAGGCCAUUCUGCGAGCUGUGAGUGAUUUACUUAGCAAGACCUCAAAGUCCUCAAGUGAGCAUGGAAGCUAUCGCCGCCUACAAACUUUCUCUGGGUUGUUGCCCACUCCAGCUGGAGAAGAGCAGUUCGACCACUGGUUGGGUCAAGCACGGCUCAUGGUGGAAGAGUGUGACUGCUCUCGCAAAGAGAAGAGGCGGAGACUGAUGGAAAGUCUUAGAGGCCCGGCACCGGACAUUGUAAACGCAGCACGAGCCAGUGAUCCUGAUGUGACCCCCGAAGACUGCUUAGAGGCACUUGAGCAUGCUUUUGGGACAGCAGAGUCAGGAGAAGAGUUGUUUUUUGCAUUUCGUUUACUGCAGCAACAAUCAGGUGAGAAGCUGUCUGACUUCCUCAGACGUCUAGAACAGUCGUUGAAUAGGGUUGUGCAGAGAGAUGGUCUCCCCCUUGGGUGUGCAGAUAAAGCAAGACUUGAACAGUUGUUACGUGGUGCGAUAGCCUCUGAUCUGAUGUUAGUUAACCUUCGUCUUAGAGAGAGGAAAGCAAAGCCCCUGACCUUUCUCCAGCUGUUGAAGGAGAUACGCACAGAAGAGGAAUUUGAGGCCUCACGAAAGAAGAUUACUCCUGUCGUGCAAAGUGGAAAUGUAAGACAGAAUGCUGAUGUGAAACAGACUGACAUUCAGAACUUGAAGUCUGAGAUCAAAGAGCUUAAGGCCUUAGUUGCUGCUGUUGUGUCUAAGCCAGUACAAGACACGUCAGCUAGCAGUGAAAAAAUUUCCCCAAAUGUAGUGUACAGUGAGUGCAGUUUGGACAGUGAUGUAGCUGCUUUGAAAAAACAAAUGAAGCGCUUGCAACAGAAAGUCACGAAUAAAGUAGGUGAACCUCAAGCUGCCGUUUCAGCUGUGAAUACCUCAAAAUCAGUAGCGAGCUCCCCACAACAAUCAUUCAAAGUGUUGGAGGAACACUUCUGUUAUCGAUGUGGUGAGAGUGGGCAUUUUGCAAGGAAGUGCCAAAGCACAGAAAAACAGGCUAAAGUUAUCAAGAAACUUAUUCAGGCUCUGAAGCUGUCCAAGAACAACCAGCCGUCAAGUGACGCCACCAAUAAUGCAGCUGUGCUGUUAAGAAAAGUUCUGCCGACGUACCUGAAGAUGUAUGUAUUCCUGACUGGUUGGUUGGGCCGCCUAGUCUAGUGCCAUUGAAGG